UGAAAUUAACAUGGCGCUAAAAGUAGUCACUACUGACCAAGCGUUAGAUUUCCAGUUGGGAAAGUACAAAGGAUUGUUUAACAGUCUGCUCGAGGGGCAAAAUGAGAUUGCCGAAAAUGUCAGCACUGAUCUCAUGCAGGAGCUUAUAUCGACAUUUGAAACGGCGGUUCGAGAGAAUAUCAUCGUUGACGGAAGUCCAAGUGACGAGGCUCAGCAUGAGGAUGGUGAGAGAAUAACAUUAGACGACAUACUGGAUGAAAAAAUUGUUGAGACCAGCAGAAAACGCAGCUGUUAUCCGAAGAAGAUCAUUCCCUUUGUUGUGCGAUCGCUGAAGGCAGAGCGAAAGCUGAUGGAGAUGUACGAGCAUACAGCUGACACAGAGGAGAUGGAACGGGAAGCCUUUCAAGAUCACAUCAUGAAAAAUGUGUCCGAGGGAGUACCCAGGCGUUUCAAACAAGUGACCGCGGUGAUGAAGUCUUUGCAGGAGGUGUGUGUCCGGGCAGAAGGGUUACACCAGGUCCUCAGCCUCCAGCCUUCAGCGAAGUCUGUGGAAAUCUACAGAGAGGUGGUUGGCAGCCACAGAGACGAACGUAGUUAAAGAGUAGGCUAAUGCCACCUUAAAUGUUCUGACAACAUGCCUCUAAAAGUAACCAUCAACAUGACUAAAUAUCCUAACAAGGAGAAGGACUCACUUUCCGGGAUUUACCACACGGGGGCAGUGUAAUCCCACUGACAUUACAAUAGCCUUCAACAGGCUGCCGUAGAGUUUGCAGCUGCAGUGUUGACAGCCCAGGGUAAUAUAUAUUCCCUGCACAAUCCAUAUUCAGACAGUGAUUGGGUAGAUAUGACACAUUUGAUGCAAAACAUAUUAAAUGACUUUUGGUCGUACAGAUUGUGUUUGCUGUCUGUAAGGUCAUGCCAUGCAGCUGAUGUCAUGCACAUUGUAAACCCACAUAGUCGGCAGGUUCACACUUUGACUUUCUCAAUUCCAUACCUUUAUCAAUUAAUGCAUUUAGAAUGUCAUGCUUCAUAUUAUUCAUCCUGUAUAAUACAUACAAACGAAAGGUGAUCAUAAAA